AUGUCAUUGCUCGAGGACUGUGAACAGGGCAAAGAGGAGAAGAAGAUGCUCCUUUCAAGUUCCCAGGAGUUGGAAAAAUACAGCAUUUUGGAGGUUGAUGCUGUGAAGGCGACUAAGGAGAUUGACCGACUUAAAUCCAAUGUUGCGAAACUUACUGAUCAAAAUGAAGAGCUUAACGGAAGACUAAAGGAGGUUGUCAAGUUUGAGAAGAAAGCCUUGGAUGAAGCUUCUCGUUGA